UCUCUCUCUCUCUCUCUCUCUCUCUCUCUCUCUCUCUCUGACUUCUCUCCAGGAAAAAAGGGCGUGAGUAUUACUCUGAAAUAGGACUGUCAAUCAUACAAAGCCGGGGCACAUCGCCCGGUCCUGGUCACAGACACACCACCGUGCGCUCUUCCUGUCUACCAAGAUUAGGCAAGAACAAGAUUGAUCAAUCAUAAGCCUGCUGGGAGAUAUAUUAUAGCAUGGAUUUUAAACUCAGUGUACUUGAAACCAUUACCAAUAAUUUUUCAGAAGACCGAAAAGUUGGCAGUGGUGGGUAUGGAGAUGUUUACAGGGGGAUGUAUAAUGGGGAUGAGAUUGCGGUGAAGAAGCUUCACCACUUGGUAGGACUUGAUGACAAAGCAUUUGAUAGUGAAUUUCGUAACCUUAGCAAGGUCCAGCAUCAAAAUAUCAUACGAUUAAUUGGCUACUGCUACGAAUCACGACAUCAGUAUGUCAAGCUCAAUGGGGAACUAGUUUUUGCUAAAGAGAUGGAGCGAGUUCUCUGCUUUGAAUUUAUGGAAGGUGGAAGCCUUGAUCAUCAUAUCGCAGAUGAUUCUUGUGGACUUGAAUGGCCCACAUGUUAUGAAAUUAUUAAAGGGACUUGCGAGGGCUUGAAUCAUCUACAUAAUUCACAGGGAAAACCUAUUUUACAUCUGGAUUUAAAACCUGCCAACAUAUUGCUAGAUAAGAACAAGACUGCCAAAAUUGCAGAUCUUGGUUUGUCCAGACUUGUUGCGUCAACACAAACCCAUAAAACAGAAGUUGUAAAAGGAUCACAAGGGUACAUGCCACCAGAAUACAUAGACGAUAAUCUUAUAUCAAUGAAGUUUGACGUGUUUAGUUUGGGGGUUAUAAUUAUAAAAAUAAUGGAUGGAAAUAUGGGCCGCUCCCGCUGUUCUGAGAUGGGCAGUGAACCAUUUAUUGAGUUUGUAUGUAAAAAAUGGAUGACGAAGCUGCGGGCGAAGUCGGGAUAUUCAUCAGAUGAAAUAGACAGGAAAUGCAUGAAGAAAUGUGUUGAAAUAGCAUUAAGAUGUGUGGUGGCCGACCGGAAUAAAAGACCAUUAAUAAAGGAUAUCGUCAAAGAACUGGAAGAAUUAGAAGACGAGAUUAAUAAAAUGUCAAGGUCUUCUGUUCAGUUAGAAGAGCUAGUCGCACGUCAGAGAGGCUGUGAUUCCAACGUGCUUGCUGUUGAUCCGACCCUGGAGCUGCGCUUCCUAUUUGAGCCAAGGAAAGAUAUAUCAAGCUGCCUGCAGCUAACCAACAUGACGAGUGGCUUUACUGCAUUUAACGUAAAGACCAACCACACCAAGUACAGAACACAGCCAAGCAAAGGAGUUAUGCCACCGUGCUCCAAGCGUUAUAUCUCGGUGACCCUGGUAGCACAGGAUGAAGCACCACAGAAUAUGCAGUGCAACGACAUGUUCCUUGUGCAGACUGCUUGUGUCGGCGCGAACCUGACAUCCGAUGAGAUGAUCACCGAAGACUUGUUCAAAGAAGCCAUGGCUGAGAAGGUGGUGGAUGUGGUCAAAUUGCCGAUCGUUUAUGUUUCCCUGGACCAAUUUCAAUGCUAGAAUUGCCAACGACAGGAAUUAGCAGAAUGCCCUUGCCAAAUUCCUGGUAAAUUACAUACUCAUCACAUGUUGUGUGGCCAUAUUGUAUGUUUGGUUUGUUCGAGUAAUUCAGGCAGCUUCCAGUGUUGCACCUCUAGCCCUAGUCCUUUUAAAAAUACUAUGUUUCUGUGUUUGUAAUUCCAGACAGAAAAGAAACUUCAUGGACACAUGUGUAAUAAUCAUUUGGUAUGUUGUUUUGUAUUA